CUGAAAGGAGCUGCUCCAUCGCACGCGGGAGUGGCGGAGCAAAGGGAAACUGACAAGAUUCGGGAAGUACUUCGCUUUGCCGAUGCACCGUGGAGAUGAGCCAUAAAACAACCGAGCCUUCAACAAAGUGUCAAAGGCACCCGCCUGUGCCCCCUACCCUCGCCAAGCAAGUGGUACGAUUUAGCCGGCAGACCGCCUCUACAAUCUAUCUCCAGCAACGUCUAUGCUGCUGGCUGUAAGGCUGGCUCAGCGUCUCCUCUGGGGAAUUUGUAGCAUCCAGCCAUCGGCAUCUUCUCGUGGCGGAAGCUGAACCAUUUGGAGAGAAAGAAUUUAAAAAAAAAAAUCCUGAGCAGGAGGAGCACAUGUUGUCUGCCUGCUCCUCGCUCGAGCGUUCUGCCGAAGCAUCGGGACAUCUGCAUAGAAAGGAGGGGGGCAGCGGUGUAGGGGCUGAAGUUCCUCUAGUGCUACUGGACUGGAAGGGGGGAGUGGUGCCAGAACUGCAGUACAGUACUUAGAGCAAACACACACACACCCCUUGCAUCUGCUUUUACAGAGAGAUUAAAAUAUUUCAUGUCUGAUGGCCUCUGGCAUAAACAAGAUUCAUCAGCCCGGGACUUGCAAUGAAGCUGAAGCCGCUCACUGCAGCUCGACAGAGGAAUGCAACCAGGAACUCCACCUGCAAAUGUGCAAGAAGAUUGCCCAGCUCACCAAGGUGAUAUAUGCUUUGAACACUAAAAAUGACGAGCAGGAGGCCAGUAUACAGGCUCUUAAAGAAGCCCAUCAAGAGGAAAUUCAGCGCAUCCUUGCUGAGACAAGGGAAACCAUUCUCCAAUAUAAAUGCAAAGUAGGAGAAGAGCAGGAGCUCCGAAAGCAUAUUCAGACCCUUGAAGAUACACUGGAGCAACACACGAGGCUAAAGGAGGAAGCCUUAGCAGAAUUUACUGUGUGCAAGAAGCAGGUGGAAGAGAAGAUAUUCAGAACAGAGGCAAAACAUAGUGAAAGGAUCAUUACCCUUUCCAAAGAGAUGCUAGAUAUGAAGACAGACUUUGAAAACAAGCCUCAACAUUUCAACCAAGAGUCAGAGAGCCUGGUAAAUGAAUGUAAGCCAUUUAGGCAAGAGAAAUUGGAUAAAAAGGAGACAAUAGAUGAAAAACGCAGCAUAGAGUUGCAGGCUCUAAUUAAUGAAAUGGAAAACCUCAAGAGGGAGAACCAGAAAAUAACUGAAGAAUAUGCUCAGAAAGCCAGCAAACUACAAGCCUCUUACAAGAAAGAAAAAGAGACUUUGAAAAAGGCCAUGCAGCAGUCAGUGGCUGAUACACAGAAACAGUGCCAGCAAAGAGCAACAGAGCAAAAGAAAAGCUCUGAGGCCCAGGAAGCUGCUUUGUGGCAGCAGGCAAAGAAGCUGGAGGCUGAGCUGGAGGUGAAAGGCCAGAAGAUAAAUGAGUUGAAGAAGCAUUCCCAGAAGCUGAAGGAGAGGAUGCAGGACUUGGAAAUACAGCUUAAGGAGUCUCAACAAGAGACUCUGGAGUCCAAAAGCACAGUGCAAAAACUGGAAGAAGAACUGACUGUAGCCAAAGAGAGGCUCAUGCUGCAGGAGAAUGAAAUACUGAGUAAAGCAGAAGAAAUGGAAACUGUGCUGAAUUCCCAAAGCAAAGCUGAGAAAGAAGUAGAUGAACUGAAGAAUCAAAUAAUGCAGCUGCAGAAAAUGACCUACACCAAACAGAGCCAAACCAAGGAAGGUAGUGAAGACACACAGCCCAUGGAAGCUGCAGCUACUGAAAUAGAAGAUAUAAAGCAACGACACAAAGAAGAACUUCAUAAAAUUAAAGGACAGUCAGAUAAGGAGAAAUGGCGUUUGAAGGAGCAGCUUGUGAAGGGGUUGGAAGAUAUUGUAAAGAAACACACAAUGGAAAUCAAAUCUACUCAAACCUCCAUGGAAGCUGAAAGAAAAACAUUGCAGAAGGAGCUUCAGAUACAGUUAGAGGAAUUAAGAAAGAAUGCUGAGAAUGAAAUAAAGCAGCUAGAAAAGGAGAAAGAAGCCCUAAAUAGGAAACUUCAGGACUCUUCACUUGAGGUUUUAAGGCUUGAAGAUUUUAUCAGGCAAAAUCAGGAUAUUCCCAGAUACAAAGAAUUUCUUCAAUCUCACUCCAGAAAAACUCCUGAGAGGCAACAGGAAUCAGAUAGCCCAUACUGUGAAACUAGCGAGGUACAGGAUCCAUUUCUGCAGCAGAAAGACAGAUCUAAACUGCAGAGAGAAAGGGGCAAAGGCCAAGAGCCCUUAAGAGCACAGACAGGGACCAGAAACGAAGCCAAGCCACGGCUGGAAAAUGCACGUGUCCCCAAAAGGGAAGACAGGCAGCCUUCUCUUACUACUUUACAGAAAGAGAAGGUAAAAGAAGCAAAGGUUUUGCAGGAGGAGUGUCACAACCAAAAGAUGGAUUUACAAGCUCAGGAGGCAGAAGAACAUUUGAAGAAAAAAUAUGAUGACCACAUCAAAAUCCAGCAUCGGUGUCACAGAGCGGAAGUACAGGCUUUGGAAGAGAAGGCAAAGAAAGAAUUACAGGGUGAACUUGAACGGGUACAAAAACAACAAGCUGCACUGAUAGAAACUCUGAGGAUGGAGCUGUCGGAGCAAUAUGCAUCCUGUACUGGUCACAAAAAGCAAAUGGAAGAACUCCAGACAGAGCUGAAGAAUGUGAGAGCACUGAAGAAGCAACAGGAAGGAAGUAACCAAAACCAGAUUACAUUUCUUAAUGAGGAACUAGAGAAAUGUCAGAAUGAGAUUGCUGGGCUCAAAGAGAAUUCACUUCUAAAGAACACGAUGGAUGUGCUCAGUCCAGAGAUGGACUCACAGAAGCAAAAGUCUACACAGCUUCAGGACAAGGAGAAGCAACACAGGCUACUGGAAGAAGACCUCAAAGUCAAGCACCACAGAGAACUGGAUAUCUUGAAACAAGAGCAUCGUAAGGAAAUCCAGAACAUGAUAGCUGAUUUCAGCAGUGCUCAGGCCCAUCUCCAAGCAAAGAUUGUCUCCCUAGAAACCGAACUUAAAGAAUUAGAAGAGAAACCAAGAAAACGCGAGUCCAGGCCAGAAGAUAUGCACCUUAUAGGCUGCUUGCAAAGUAAAUUAAGUGAGAGAGAAGAAAUUAUCAAACAACUGACGGAGGGAAGAAAAUUUCAGCAUUUGCUUUUACCCAGCACUGAAUCUCACCGGAAUAGAUCCUUUUCUUUCAACCCUAAUCCUGGAUGCAUAACUCCUUCCAUGAAGAAGAAACUGAACGAGGUGCCAAACCGUGUUGUUAGUGUUCCGAAUUUAGCCUCCUACGCAAAGAACUUUUUGAGGAGUGACUUGAGAUCAAAGAGAAAUGCCCCUCUGCUAACGAAAUCGACAAGCUUAGACCAGAGUGCUGGCUGCAUCAGGGCCAGCUAUCAAUCAGCACAGUCCUCAGACAGUAACCAUGCCACAAGGACACAAGGCAAUGAAGCACCCAUAACCAAAGAUGACCAGAAACAAGACCCUCGGCAUCAGGAAUGGUUUACUAAAUAUUUUUCAUUCUAAAACAAAUUAUUUCCAGAGUACCCAGAAAGAUGACCUCAGAUAAUUUCUCACACAUGUGAAAUGUUUAAUCAGGGUACUGACUGAGAAAAAAAAAAAUUGAGCUGCACACAGCUGACUAGGAAUCUAAGUGUUCUUGGCAUCACGGUACUAUGGGAUUAGAGUGUGGGUGCCUUAGAGAUAUAUAUGAUUAUUGUAAAAACGAAGGCAGGUUAGGUGAAAAUUAUGGGUAUGUUGUCAUCUCAAUAGCCAGACGUUGCACAGAAAGAGUCCUUCAUAUCAAGAUAGGAACCGUUUCACAGUUAUGCAGGCAGAGUGCUGAACUUGUUCCCCAGUGACUCCUGUCCGGCUCUCUUUUAAGAAAACACCUUAACUUUAUUUUGUGCAUGUUUUAGUAUAAAUCAUGUGAUUUCAUAUUUAUUACAUCCCAUGCUUUCUUUUCCCUUUUUUUCCUGUUUAAUAUUCAAGUAAAAUAAAUGGAAGGGAAUUACUUUUAGAGGGUGUUUGUUCAGUCUGGUAGUUUUAAAUUUGUUGUAUAGUGUACAGUGUACUGACAGACAAUGUCAGCAGGAUGCUUUAGAAUUAUUAAUAUUAUUAGAAUUGGGAAGUAUCCUUUGUGCAGUUGUAUAGACAGCUCAUUACAAGAUACUAUUCUUGUUGUUCUCAUUAAACAUAUUUAAGGAUCAGUCUGGGAAAUUCAGGAUAAAAUUCAAUUAUGCCUAUUAAUAAAAUAUUUGCUUACAGAUCAAU